GUCGGCUUGAAUGAGCCUGAAUUGAGUAGCAUAGAGGAGAAAAGAGGAGAGAACCGACAGUGUAGAAAAGAAUGCUGCAUGGGACGGGACUCCUUAUUGGUUGGGCUAUGAGAGGACGUGGCUCCUUACUGGUUGGAGAGGUGCUCGUCACAGGAAGAGGACUUCUUAUUGGCUGGGCUUUGGCAAGCGUCCAAGCAGAGUGAUGCCCACAUGGGCACAGGUGGCACCGCCCCGAAUGGCACUGCCUGGUUCUGGCUCAGAUCCGGUCCGAUUCAGGCCCAGGUCAGGUGCCGUUAUCUGGGCUGGAGAUAAAACGCAAGGUGUGUGCGUGUGUGUAUGUGUGAGUGAGUAUGGGCGGAGCCAACCAUGCCCUUUGUGUCGCUGUCAGUCAGCAGCAGGAAACCCAUAAAUCAGAAAAGUCUGGACGGUCAGGCAUCCUCGCACGGCUGCGUCCGCACUACAGGAAGACUACACUGGACGAGACGUUGAUAAACAUACAUGCAGAUGGGAGCUGCUGACUGAGACAGGCACACACAGCUGUUCAGACACGACUAUGGAGGGAUUCAGAGCCGGGGCACCUUUCUAACACCUCCAGGGAGCGCAGCGGUGGUGGCGCUGAUAUGGCCGCGCUCUGAGACGGGUGGGAUGGAUCACCCUGUUCCUGCAUCGUUCCUCUCGGGAGGCCACAGAGACGUCCUCUCCCAGGGGAACUACCAGCGCCAGCACCUGUGCCCUCCUCCACCAGUGCCUGCCAGCUGCCUCUACAAGGCCCGAGUGCAGGAUGACGGGCACUGGUCCGUGGGCAGUGGCAUCCUCACCCAUGUCGGCACUGCGUUUCUAUGGCCAGGCUCCUGUCCAGCCAUGCCUGGACUCGGUUCCCCGUCAGCGUUCGGUACCCGCGCUGACAUAAGCGCCUCAAGUCUCCAGGGAGUCUCACGACCCUGUGGCGCUGGCCUCAGGCAGGGGGACUUUAGGACCCAGGGGAGGAAUACGCAUGACACUGUGGGGCUGAGGACAGAAGCACAGCAGAAAGAAGGGCCAGACAGGAAACCCCACCAGAGGAAGCACAGCAGACCUACCUUCAGUGGCUACCAGAUAUUCGUCCUGGAGAAGGCGUUUGAAAAGAACAAGUACCUGUCCUCCGUGGAGAAACAACGGCUGGCACUCUCUCUCCACAUGACGGACUCUCAGGUGAAGGUGUGGUUCCAGAACCGCCGGACUAAGUGGAGAAAGGCGUUCGGGUCAGAACCGGGGAAAGCACGGGUCAAACCCGUUCAGGACGGAUCUCCAAUGGAUGCGGACUACUACAAGCCACUGGACCCCAACAGCGACGACGACCGGGUUCAAAGGUUACUGCAGCGUCACGUAAGGAGUCUCAGGUCUCCAUUGGUCCAACGGUCAGCUCUGCAAAUGGCCGCCACUGACCUGACUGUGCACACAGAUCUCUCACACAGCCAAGUCAACCUGAUGCUAUCUGGAAAGGAUGCCAUAAAAGAAGACUCGCAAUACUCCUGACCCUAAAUCUCCCACUCAUGACCAGAGGUGUAAAAGUCCAGCUUCAGAAAGUAACAGUCCUGCCACAUUUUUGUUCCAACCAUUCACUUAAUCAGCUGAUUUUACUCAUAAGCAAGGUAGAUUAGUGAAAUCACCUGUGUUAGGAGCACAGGUAGAACCAAUACAUGGCAGGACUUUCACUUUCUGAAGCCGGACUUUUACACCUCUGCUCAUGACAUCAGACUUCUGGCAUUCUGCAGGGUUGAAUACACUUUGGGUAAAGGCCUGGUUGGAAAUUCUAAUCCAACACAUUCUUCAUUUUUUUGUCAAAAAUCUCUCCUCAUAGGCCUCUCAGAAUGGGUCACAGGAACAGGAACACUCAGUUCAUUUAUGUCUUUUCAUAAAGAUGCAAGCAAAGAGAGACAGAGGUUUUGAUUUGUUCAAAAUAAUCGCAGCACUAGGUAGAAGACAUGAUUUAUCUACUACAAUGAC